AACUGGAUUAUGAAGAAAUUGAAAUGGAUAUACAAUAGACAGUCACUAGCCACAGUCAGAAAUUCAUGUUCCAGUAUCCAUGUCCUUGAUUCCACUCAUUAGGUUUUUCUUCAACGUCCGCGAACUUUUCUUACUCGAUGAAGGUCAGGCCAGCAAAGAAGUUCAUUGACGUGAGUGCCAAGUGCUCGGUGGAGGGCAUGGCGUACGGACAGUGCAUCUUGAAGAACUAUGCGACGAUCUCCAAGGACCUGUGCCAAGCAGAGUUUUCCCUGUUUAAAAGCUGUGUUCAGAAGCAAAUGAGUGGAAAGAAGUGGUAAUGGUUGUAAAUAGGAAAGGUUAUAGACAUAUACAUUUUUUGAUAGCUUGUCGUAGUGGGUAUGCGGGAGACCUGGGUAGUGAAGUAUAUUAUGGCAAGGUCCAGUGGUCUAACGAUAGUCAAAAGACAAACUACCAGAUUUCCAAGUGUGAAUUAUCAAGUACAGCUCACGAACCGCCAACAUGACAUUGGCCAUACCUUAGUAUCACAGCACCCAGCCCCGGUGAUAUCCUCACUAAGUUCGUCGAAGAAUCCUCUACC